CAACACUGCAUUGGUCUGCCAGCAGUUUCGUAGUUUCGUGUCGGGAUAGUUUUUUAGUUUAUUAUUUCAUAACUUUCAAACCUCUUAUUGCUGAAUUGGUCAACUUUUCCAAAUCGCAACAUAAUCGAAUAAUCCAUUUUCCACGGUUAUCAUCACCGUCGCGUUUCCUUGCCACCAAAAAAAGAUAAUUGAAUUAUCCAUCUACGCAUACACACGCAACAACCAACAACACCCAACAAUCGCCUGCGUCAUUAGCUAUUUUUGUACGGAAAACAAAACGAAAACAUGGAUCUACUACAGAAGUCCGAGGCGGCCGUAUCCGCAGCAUCUUUGCUGGAGGAUCAGGCGGAUUUGAUGGACAGCAUGAAGCACUGCUUCGAAAAUCUGAUUGUUAUUGACGUGGGUGCGAAUUUGACCAAUAAAAAGUAUAGCCGUGAUCUCGAUUCGGUUGUCCAGCGAGCCAGAGAUGCAGGUGUUCAAAAACUAAUGGUUCACGGCACUUCGGUCAAAUCGAGCAAGGAAGCGCUGCGCCUAUCGCGCAUCUAUCCCGACAUUAUCUACUCGACUGCUGGCAUACACCCGCACGACUCCAAGUCCAUUGUGGAGGAGCCGGCCACAUGGUACGACCUGGAGCACAUUGCCCAGGCCCAGGAGUGCGUGGCAGUGGGCCCCUGUGGGCUGGACUACCAACGCGACUUCUCCGAACCGGAGGCCCAGAAGCAGAUCUUUGCCAAGCAACUGCAGCUGGCCAUCCGGCUAAACAAACCUUUGCUGAUCCAUGAGCGCUCGGCUCAACACGAUCUUCUCGAAAUAAUGGAUAAAUUCGAGAACCUACCGCCUGUGAUCAUCAGAGGAUUCAUGGGAACUGCCGAAGAGGCACUUAAGUAUCUGGACCGCAGGUUCUACAUCAGCCUGACCGGCUACCUGUGCAAGGAUAAAUCGGACUCGGGCGUUCGCCGGUUGCUGGAGGAUGGCACUUUGCCCUUGGAUAGACUUUUGGUCGAAACCGAUGCUCCCUUUAUGUAUCCCAAUACAAGGGCUUCCAAGCUACCCCAGCAUGUGAAAACUGGCAUCACCGAACGCUCAUUGUUGUACUUACACAGAUAUUGUACCUUCCAACGUAACGAGCCUUGCAGUCUUCCCGCAAUUGUGGAGAUGAUUGCAGCCUUUAUGAAGAAAACGCCCGACGAAGUAGCCCUGGCCACUGCCUUUAACGCUCUGAAGCUUUUUGGCUUGUCCUAAAUGAAGAAGGUGCCCCCAAAGGAACUAAUCGACAAAGUGUGCCAACCAGCAGCUUUAAACAUAUAAAACUAAACAAGCCUGAGAUUCACGAUAGACUCAUACCUAUGUGCCUUAAACAAUAAUCGAAUUCGGGAUGAAGCGCAAGUCCUGAUAUUAUCCAUACACACAACACACUCUCAUACCCAAUUACGAACCUUAUUGCAUGCGAAACGUACGUAUACGUAUACCUACAUCCUAUAUACUCCCUAUCCCAAAAAAAAAAAAUGCAAAUUAUCGAUCGAAAUUUGCAUGCCUUAGAUGUAAGUUGUUGGAAUUUCCUAAGCAAGUGCUUUAUUUACUCGAUUUCCCACGAGAAACGGUGCCAAGGCGGUGCCAAGUGAGGGCCGAGUCCGGGGAGCAAAUAAUUUGCACUCGGUCGGAACUUCACGCCUCGAAGCGCGCGCUUCGAACUCGCUCCCGAAGCGAAACCUAUACACGUUAAGUGCUGCAGCUUGUCUUCUGUUUGUUUCUUCUAUAUGUAUAUUUAAGAUAUACCCUUUAAUUUUAGUUUGUGUCUCUUGUUAGCCUUAGGUCAUAUUUUUGUAAAUAUUUAUUCUUGUUGUUCUGAUGAUGAUACGAUUAUGAUGAUGAUGAUUAUGGGAAACGUAAUGUGAUCAUUUUAAAAUCUAAAUAUUUAUAUGAUAUCCAACAUAUAUAUACAAACACAUUAGUUAGGCUAUGAAGCAUAUUGAGUAUCGUGCGCGUAUAAACGCAUUUUGUUAUAUAUACUUAUACAAAAGCUUUGUACUGAACUGAUCGCCUAACGGAGGUUGCAUGAAAUCCACUUUGUGCCGUGCCCAUUGUCGCACACAGACACUUACUAUUUUCCAUUUGAAUAAAGCGAAUUUAAAAAACCA